CAACUUGGACUGUUGGUGAAAUAUUAAACUCCACGGGAGUCACCAGGUCAGCUCCCCUCCCAUCGCCUCAUAUCCUCCAAACGCCCCCAGAUUUGGGGUUAGUUAAUUUAGGGUUUAUAGAUAGAUCUGAAAGAAAAGACCACCACUCUUUCUUUACGUUUUACAAUUCGAGAGUGUGUAUUGAGUUCAAGAUUUGGGGAUACUUACAGGGGUUUCUAUCGAUUUAGUAGUUCCGCUGAUUUGGCUAGGGUUUUUUAGUCUUGCUGUUUCAUCACUGAAAAUAGGAGAAUUGUAGAAGUAGGGUAUAAUUUAAGGCGAGGACUUAAGAGCGAGAGGCUGUCGCCAAUGCAAAAUUGUUCGUUUUUUCAAAGAAUUUUUCGGUGAUUUUUCAUAUACCGAAAAGUUUGAAUUCAAUGUCGUGGGCAGGACCUGAAGAUAUUUAUCUGUCAACUUCUCUUGCAAGCUAUCUCGACAAGAAGCUUCUUGUAUUGCUACGAGAUGGCAGGAAGCUAUUGGGGAUACUUCGGUCUUUUGAUCAAUUUGCAAAUGCUGUUCUUGAAGGUGCAUGUGAAAGAGUAAUUGUUGGUGAUCUUUAUUGUGACAUUCCAUUAGGUCUUUAUGUAAUUCGUGGUGAAAAUGUUGUCUUAAUUGGCGAACUGGAAUUGGAGAAGGAAGAACUUCCCCCUCAUAUGACUCGUGUUUCAGAAACUGAGAUAAAAAGGGCUCAGAAGGUGGAGAGGGAGGCUUCGGAUUUGAAGGGUACAAUGAGAAAAAGGAUGGAGUUUCUUGAUAUGGAUUAAGGAGGAGGAGGAGGGGUAUAAUGGUAAUUUGCUGUUUUUGUAACCAUGUCUUCCGCAAAUAUUAUCGCGGGUGGUGGAUGAUAUGCUCUGGUUUGAUUUGAUUUGAUCAUCUGUUUUUUUUUUUCUUGUCUCUAAUUAUAAAUUGCAUAGUUUUUUUGUAACAUUGUCAAGCCUUUGUUUUUAAUU